CAUGGCCAACAUCCAUGAUGCGUGCUUCUACUUGCUCGAGAUCCGCCUCGAGCACUCGAGCUCGCUUGCCGGCUGGACGUUCCGCGUGAUCGUGACAGACAUUACAGCCACGGACCGCCCCCACAUCCUCAUUUCCAACAUGACAUGCAACGAGGCGCACUGCAUUCUCUUCCUCGACCCCAGCACAAAGGCGUUCACGACGUUGUUCAACCCGCUUUUGUAUUUCGACCAUGUGACGUCGCCCAUCGAGCUGUAUGACCACUCGCUCCACAUCCAAGUCAUUUCCGAGUCACCGAUUCAAAAGCCGAUUGUCGACACCUACGUCCAUUACACCGUCGGACCCGACGACACCACGCCUCUUCCCGACCUUGAGCCGCUUCAGCUCGAACUGGACGCCACGAUCCCGGCGCCGCCCUGUAGCACCCUUGACAACAGCGCCUACAUCUAUGCCAACCACUUUGAAGCCAGGACUGCGAGCUCGCCGACCAAGCCGAUAGCGCCGCUCAUUCAAAAGGCACCGCAGACGCCGUUGGAAGCGCGCAAGAACGAGCUGCAGCGCAUGCGCCAGUCGAUGCGGAACGAACUCCUCCUCGAGCAACAGCGACUCUCGCUCUCGCUGCGGUGA